AUGGCGGCCCCAACACAGGCAUUGAUUGGAGAGAUUGCCAAGAGCACAAACUGCGUUCCGGCGGGAUCCGAAUACCAGCCUGCCGACAUACUUGUGUCCCGACGAUGGGUGCGCAUUAAGGCGAAAAACCAUGUACGCGAUCUACCACGGUACGCGCGGUGUCUACCUCGGGUAUUCAAGAAAUCUUCGCCCAACAGUAAGCUGACGCUCUAUCUGAGCAACCGAGAUCUCAGCGUAACCGGGGACUACAUUGACAAGCUGCAAGGCGUUGUCCUUGCGAGGAGAUACCGCCGCGGACGAUGGGACAGCGUCGCGGUAAGGUGGUCUGGCUUGGGGCGUCCCGCGGGGCACGGGAUACGCGCAUGGGGCUUCACCCAUCACCGCCCCCCGCGCCGCCCGCCGCCACCCGCAGCUCUGCCCCGUGCUGACGAGGCGGUUGUUCGAGAACAGAACCCGCGCCGCCAGCGCUGUCAAGGUCCUUCCCUGCCAACGAGUGGAGUGGAGUGGAGUCCUAGCACGCUGACCCGAGACCCACGGUGUGCUCGUGUGUGGUUGCAGGUGUUCGGGCAGGUGACGCUGACGUUCCGCUACGGACGCGAGGACGAGGAGGUGAUGGGGCUCAAGUUCUGCAACGAGGCCGUGAUGAGCCUCGCGCAGCUCUACCCUCCGCCGCCCAUCGACCUCUGCGCCCCACCCACGCCUCUCCAGAUUAGGAUUCUUCUACUCUUUCAACUCCUCGUCAUCGUCCUCUUCCUCCUCCUGUCGGUGCUCUACCCUCCGCCACCCAUCGACAUCUGCGCCCCACCCACGCCUCUCCAGGUGAGCACAUUCGCCUUUUUUAUUAGGAAUCGUCUACUCUUUCAUCUCCUACUCCUCAUCGUCCUCCUCCUGUCGGUGCUCUACCCUCCGCCGCCCAUAGACAUCUGUGCUCCACUCACGCAUCUCCAGGAAACUUCUACUAUUUCAUCUCCUUCUCGUCAUCGUCCUCCUCCUCCUUCUGUCGCUGCUCUACCCUCUGCCGCCCAUCGUCCUCUACGCUCCAUCCACGCCUCUCCAGUAUAUGAUCGUGACCUCAAGACAAGACUUCUCUUUCCAGUAAGUGAUUCGUGUUGUAUGAGUUUCACCAUCUGUCGUGAACGUGGUGCAAUUGCUAUUAAAUUUUAA